GGCAAUUCUCUGCCGCUCCAACGCUCCCAAACAGGACAAACCGUCCAUAUAUACAUAUUCAUAUUCAUCUUUUCUUUUUACUCCAGACCAUUUAUAUAUAGCCGAACCCAGUAAAAUUCACAACAUUCAGGUGAGAUGCAUGGCCCAGUCUAUAUCUAUCAUCCCUGACACUGGUCACUGGUGGCCGAGCGCAACGCUUGCAGUCCAAACCUAAUUUAGAGGUCAUUCUAUAAAUAUACCAAAACUCCCCCACCCCCACCUCUGCCCUUUUAUAUUUACACCAAUUUCUACCUAGCUAGCAUUAACACUCUCGCUAUAACUUUCAUGGCAACCAAAGAGAGCAACAUAAACUUAAACAACGACCACACCUGUGAACCCUGCCGAUCCUUCGGCCAGAAGUGUAGCCAUCUUGUGAAGAAGCAGCGUGCCAAGUUCUACAUCCUCCGCCGUUGCAUUGCAAUGCUCGUCUGUUGGCGCGACCGUGGGGAACCUUGAGGCGGCUGCAGGCACGCUAGCUUGUUAGUUUAUUUAUUGGGUUUAGACAAAGAUAUGUGUUUACUCGUCAUGGGAUGUAAUUAUGAGUGCUUUGGGUAUGUUAGCUAGAAACAUUUUUUUUUCCUUUUUUACAGUAAUUAAUUACCUUAAUUAUAUAAUGUUCAGGAAUUGGCUUAUUAAUUAUCAAAUGGCUUCUUGA